AUCAGACACCGUUUGGGUGAGUUUGUUGAAGCAACAUCAUCAACUCUCAGGACCAUCGACACAUGGACCCCAUUGACUGGCUGAUGGCUGAUGCACUGGACAGCUCACCCACUGAUACGUCAGAACAAGUUGAAGGUCCGAUGCAAGGGUUCGCCAUCCUGAGGCAGUCGCGGCCCACAGUGGCCCUCCUGGCGCUGCAUGGGCCAGAGCAAGGCGCUCAGCUUACGUCCGUCUCUGCCAGUCUGGACGCGCCGCACGUGUGGAGGAGUGAACAUGCCAACCGGAGUGGGACACCCAAGGCUGCUUAAUAUAUUCUGCGGCUUCUUUCCUCUUGCGGCAUCGUUCCUCUAUCCCCUGGCGUGUGGAUUCUUCGUCUUCAUAUUCUCCCCUUCCUCCCGCGCCUUUUAUGCCUCCUGUCACCCCGGUCCUGUCGUGGAUGACCGCCACGCCCAAUUGACACCCUCCUCUUCUCACCACCCUUCUCUACGAUGUACGGCACAGGUUUGCCUCUCGACGUUAGCUACAUCACCGAGCCCGCACUGCCACGGCAUUACGAGUCGGACGAGGAGGAAAUUUCCGAGUCUGAGACCGGGCACGCCUUCUCUCCUGUCGACUUCCACAAGAGGUCUGGGACCCUCGACUCGAUCAUGAGUAUAGAGUCGUCGCAUUCUGCCAUGCUGGAUCCCGUGGACAGACCGGCCUAUCAUCGCCUGCUUUCGCCUUUCCCUUCCACUGGAAAACGAUCACGACCUGUAUCUAUGGACACCGUCAAGCGGAGCAGCACUGCGACCUUUGCGACAGACGCCUGCACCAUCUUUGACCAUGACGACGACAUGAUAAUUGAACUCCCCUCUCCAAACUCGACGACACCCCUCCAGUCGCCCAUCUUUUUGCAGCCCGCGGUCUAUGUACCGUCCGAACCACUCACAUCGCCAAGAAACUCCUUUAGAUCUUCUUCCUCCAUCUCACUCUACUCUGACGACGAAAGCGAUGUCUUUGUGGCCGAAAAGGUCACGUACGUUGAACACGCCAAACCUAAUCUAAUCCUAAUCUCUCCCACUUCAGAGCAGUCCUCCCCACGGGAAGGGUCUGCCUCGCCAGUGUCACUUGAUGGCUCAGUCUAUUCUAAUAACGAAGCCACAAGAUCACAGCCUUUGCUCUCUGAGUCUUCUCUGAAUGCUCACUCGGCAUCUUGGGACUCAUCAGACGGCUCAAUAUAUUCUAAUGACGACGCUACAAAGUCUCAACCACUUCUGAGCGAAACAAAUCUGGAUCGAGGCCGCUCAAGACUCCACACCCGACCAUCGCGCGGCAAAGUGCAAGGAAGUCUCAGUGCCCUCGACACAAUGCAACAAUUUGGACCACGCCGGCUUGACAUCUGCGAGCCCAUGAGCGCAUCAGCUGCCGAAGCACCCCACUCAAUGUCCUUCCGCGCACGAUCCAUGUCUUUCUCGCGUCCCCAGACUCCUGUCGCUGAAAGGCAUCGUCGACUGCAAAAGGAACCUCCCACCCCUCGUCCACCAUCCGCCCAGAGCUUGGCCACGUUUUCACUAUUUCCACAAGGCCAGUCUCAGUCCUACGGAUAUGCCCGAGACGACUCGCGCAACCGCUCAACCUCCUGCUCGCACUCUGCCGCUAGCUCGGAGUACUCCCUUCCUUCAAGCCAGCCAACCUCUCGCACCGGCAGCCCCAGCCCCUACUGCUCUCCCGUGUACAACCGCAGUCGGUCUGGUUCUAUUUACAGUGUGUCCAGCAUGUCGACAACGACAGGAAAGCGACCUUCCAUGCCUUACCGCGGUUCAAUCAUUAAGGGAUCCGGAAUGCUCAGCGGCUACUCUUCCAGCAGCUUGCGAGCCGAGCUUGACAACGGACCCAUGGAGCAGCUGGCUGAAGUGCAAGAGCCGAAGUCCAAGACCAAGCGCAAGAAGAGCCUGAAGCAGUUGAAGCCUUUGAAGACGGAGUCGUCGGAGUCAUCGACGAAGAGUUUCGUCGACUUUAUGCUGCGCGGGAAGCGAAAAUCUGUCAUCAAAAAUUUCUAAUGCUUAAUACCUUACCUACUUGUCCCACCCCGGCUGCUACAACGAACACAGACGCCUUUGAUUAUUUGACUCCCUUGUUGCAUGAAUGUGCGAGUCGCAAGCAAAAUAUGUUUGUCAUUUCGUCUGUUCUCUCUCUCUCCCUCAAUUUCUCUCUCGAUCUCUCACCGACCAAAUACCUGGUGGCGUGGCUGUACAUCCUACUUAGCGGUUUGUUUUCUUUUUAUAUUAUUCGGGUGGUUAUGUCCUAAUUCGUUGUUUCUUACUGUACGAUAUAUUUAUCAGGACAUUCUGGUCCUUGGCUGGUAGGCGUGGUCCUUCCUUGCCCCCUGACUGAACAGGGAAUGAAAGACUUUCUCCAACCUUCAGAAUUUUAGUAAUGGUGCCUUCUUUGAGCUCAAGGCCUCCUGGCUAAGCUCUCGGAGUAAGGAACCGAGCAAGUACACAGAUCACAUGCGCACCCCUGGUUCAGUAGCCUCUUGGCACCAGUUUGACAUAUAGUACUCACCCUAUAGGAUUCUUAGCCGGAGACCCCGUUCACUUAGCGAGCUUUAUCAUUUG